AUGUCUAACUUUUUUUUACAAGAACCUGAUUAUUCAUGUGAAGAACUUGAUAAUUCUUUACAAGAAUUUAAUGAUUUCUCAAAUAAUUCAUCACAAGAAUUUUCACAAGAACUUAAUUUUUUACAAGAGUUUAAUAACUCUUUACAAGAAUCUAAUAACUCUUUACAAGAACUUGACAUACAAAAAUCUAAUAAUUAUCUGCAAGAACUUGGUGAUUAUCCUAAGGAUCCUAUCAUUUU